AUGGGUUUCGUGAUUCUCUUCGCCGUCCUGGCGGUCGGCGGCCUCCUCGCGAGGGAGUUCUGGCUUUGGUACCGUUUAUCACAUGUCCCAGGUCCGUUCUGGCACGCCAUCACCGGCUUUUCGAUGGCGCGCGCGGCGCUCAACGGAUCAGUUCACGAGUACUACAUGGAACUUCACGAGAAAUACGGCCCGCUUGUCCGAAUCGGACCAAACACAGUCAUGUUCAGCGAUCCCGAUACCUUGAAAAGAAUCGCGGCUGCGCGGAGCAAAUACACGAAAGGCGAGUGGUACGCAGUUGGAAGAACGACGCCGGGCGAGGAUCACCUUUUUUCGAUGCGCGAUGAGGAGAAGCGGAAGCAUUUGAAGAGCAAAAUGGGCCCGGGUUAUUCCGGCCUUGAAAAUGGUGGUUUCGAAGCUGGUAUUGACAAACAAAUUGCCGCAUUUAUUGACCUCAUCGACACUAAGUACAUUUCCACACCAAACGUGUUCAGACCCAUGGACAUGGCCAGCAAGUCGACGUACUUUGCCCUGGAUGUGAUCAGUGAGCUUGGUUUCGGCCACGCAUACGGCUUCUUGAAGGAAGAUCGUGACCUGUAUCAAUAUGUUGCUACAAAGGACGCCUUUUUCCCAGUGAUGAUCACAAUGGGAAACGUACCCUGGCUGGCCAAGCUCAUGCACAGUUGGCCUCUUAACCUGGGGCUGCCGAAGUCAGCAGAUUCGGCCGGCUUCGGGGCACUUAUGGGGUUUGCGAAGACAUUUGUCGACGGCAGAUUGGCCCCCGAUACGAAACCAGGGAAAGACAUGAUACAGUCUUUCAUCAAUGCCGGUCUCACUCGAGAAGAGUUGACACAGGAGGUCUAUGUGGAAACAAUCGCUGGAUCAGAUACGACAGCCACUGCCAUCCGCAUGAUACUGCUGUCACUUUUAUCGAACCCUUCCGCGUUCGCAGCGCUUCGUGCAGAGAUAGAUGCUGGCAUCGCUGCCGGUAUGCUGAGCUUUCCGGUCAAAGACUCAGAGGCCAAAGCCAUGCCAUGUCUUCAGGCAGUCAUCCGAGAAGGACUUCGUCUCUAUCCACCCUCAACCGGCGUUGUGAGCAAGGAGGUGCCCCAAGGGGGCGACACCAUUCACGGCUACAAAUUGCCGGCAGGAACGCAGCUAGGAGAGAACGUCUGCAGCAUUGGGAGAACAAGAGAGGUCUUUGGUCCUGAUGCUCAUCUUUUCAGGCCAGAAAGGUGGAUUGAGGCUACAAAUUACAACGAGAAGUUCAGGAUGAUGGUUGCAACUACAGAUCUUGUCUUUGGAUUUGGCAAGUUUUACUGCAUGGGUAGAAAUAUCGCGCUCAUGGAGUUGAACAAGAUUUUCGUCGAGCUCCUUCGGAGAUACGACUUUGCCAUUGCUAAACCUGAGAAGCCGUUGAAGCUUUGGAGUGCUGGAUUUUGGAUCACGCACGACUUUUGGCUGAGAAUCUCAAGGCGGAAUGGCCGGGGCAGGUAG